UCCCGGUCUCUACUUUUUUUUUUUUUAUUUUUCGCUCACAUUCUUUUUCUUUCUAUAAUAUACUUUUUUUAAAAAGUUAAUAAUAUAAUCAUGGUUUUUCCACCUAACAACAAUAAUAACAACAGUGAUAUCUAUAACAAUGGACCUCAAUCAGAAUUAGAACUACUAGAAGGAUUAUUAAACAAUAUGUUUAAUGGAGCCACCAAUAUGUUCUUCAAAUCUAUCCAAGAACCUUUUCUUGUGGAAGUAGAUUCCUCUUCACAACCACGGCGUCAAGUACCUUUUAUUGAAGACAUGGAUGGAAGUGACUUUAGAAGAAUUGCUCAGAAACGACGACAACGACAACACGGCGAGAAUACUAACAAUGAUACCAACGACACGAAAGAAUCUUUGACACCAUCAACAGCACAACCAUCCUCACCAAGUCAACAAAACGUCAUGUCCAUCGUCAAACAAGAGUCUCCUUUCGAAAGUAAUAAUAUAUGGUCUCUUCUUCUUGGUGGUAUUGAUCAACAGCCGUCACUAUACCAUAUGGAACAGGAUGAUCAUCAGAAAAAUAGAUGGAAUUUUACAUCGUCAAGUACUUCACAGCGACGAACGAUUCUAUCCGAUGGUACCGAAGAAACAGUGAUCACCACAAAACGGAAUGGAGUAACAGAAACUUUAACAAGAAUCAAAUAUCCGGAUGGUCAAAUUCAAGAAACCCGACAGACUGAUGGCAAGAGUGACAGCUCAUCGAUUUUCCCACCUUUAUCUGCGCCAUCGUCUUCACCAUCAAAUAAUCAUCCUCACACACCAGUUGGCGCAGCCUUGAUGAAUAAUCCUCUCUCUAGGUUCAUCAGAUCUAUUUUGGGAUGAUAUCAGACUUGCCAUAUACGAUCUAAUUAUAGUUAGUAGAUUUUAUUAAUGAUGAAAUAAAAGUUAU